AUGGACUAUAGUGAAGAUGGUACUGAUGACUUUCAUAGGAGUUUGGAGCCUAUGGUCAUUAUUAAUGAUGAAGAAAGUAUUGAACAGGAAGAAUUGAAAGCAGAUGAAUCAGACCCUCUGGCGACAGGAGACCCAGCAGAGGAUGAUUUGAUAAAUUCUAUUGGUCCAGAGAUAUCCAUUAUACCAGUGAAGAGAAAAAGGUCUCAGUACAAAAUGAAUAUUUUUGAAAGAGAAUAUUCACCUUCAUGUGAUGGUACAUUCGAAGUUCAUGGUAUAAUAAGGCCUUCAAGAGAAAAAGUUCGCCGAAUAUCUGUAGAUGAAGCUCAAAAUGCAGCAGACACCUACGCCAGAAGAAAAUCGAAUCCUCUAGAAAAAUGUCCGGUUUGUAAAAAAUAUUUUCGAAGGCUGAAAACUCAUCUUAUUAAACAUGACAUGAUCAUGAGAUCUCCAGAAGAGAUUCUCUUUUGCACGCUCUGUCAGAAGAGUUUCAAUUCCCAGAGCAACCUUGCCAUUCAUAUGAGAACUCACAAUGGAAUGAGGCCUUACAUUUGUGAAGUCUGUCAGAAAACAUUUUCUCAGAGCUGCAAUUUGGUGAAUCACAUGCGGGUGCACACAGUUCAGUUUCACCAGAAGGUGCUCCCACCUUUGGCAUGUCAAGAAGGAAGUUAACGCAGUUGGUAGUCCGUCCACCAAGGCCUUUUCUCGGCCAUUAAUCUUAUGUCCUUUAUCAAUACGCUCGACAUUCGUGAAUUCUACAAUGAACAACUCACUACUUCAGAAAUGUAUUACAAAAAACGAAAUAUGUCAUACAAAGAACAAAAUGAUAAAACAAAAAUAUAA